ACUGUUUUGUUAUUUUAUUUUACUUUUAUAUAUAUUUCAAUUUCCUUUCCUUCUUAAAAAUUACCUUUUUAUUUUUAUUUUCUUACCGUACAUAGAAAUUACUUUUCAUCUUCUGAAUCCAGUAUCUUUUCCCAAGGUUUCUCAAUAGAAGCGCCUCAAUACUAAGUACAAAAGCAGAGACCAAUGGCCGAUGAGGUACAGUACGCGUCUAGUCCGGACUCAGCCACCAACAAGAGGAAGUACGGUGACCAAACUCCGCCACCUCCGUCGUCCGGUACGCGUCGGGCCACCAGAUUCUCUGCUCCAAUCGCGUCUCAGUCACCAGAUUCGGGUCACGAGCCGUCGUACGGCGCGUCGUACAACAGCGUUCCUCCACCGGUCGAUGACUUCCAGAUGUGUGCUCAGGAGAUAGCCGCACUAGGACUCGAGGAGGAGCCCAAUAAUAUAAAGGAUGUCUCUUUUUACUCGAGUAAAUCAAUUGAGCUUUACAAUGACGAGCAUGGGACAAAUUACAAGCUUGUGAAGAUUAAGGAGGCGUACUUUGUGACUGUAGUUUGUCUAUUCUUAUUCAUUACUUUUGAGGCUACGGAUGAGGAUAAGGAUGGUGGUCAGUGUAAAAUUUUUAAUGCUGGGAUCUUACAUGGAGUCCUCUCAGAACCAAAGGUCAAGUUUUGUGUUCUCGAACGUACUACAUCUGAUUCAGGACAGGAGCAUAUGUUUUCGAAUAUGGCUCCUUCGUCUAUACCCGUUUCAUAUGGUGAGGCAGGCACAAGCAAAAAGAUGGAUGCAGACCCUAAUUCCCCAACCAGAAUUGAGCCUAUGGGUACUCCGGAACCGGAGCAGAUAGCCAAGGCUAAGCAGUUGAUAAAUGAAACUUUAAAUGAACAGAUAGCUGAAACUGGGGGUUCUGGCACAGUUUCUCCAAGCUUAACUGGACACCAAGCUGGAGGUGAACAAUUUGUAAUUGCACCAGACAACAAGGGUGUUCUCGCAAUUGUUCAAGCGUGUGAGAUCAUGAAAAACAUGCCAGCCAGCAGAGGAGUUCGUAUUCAUCUUCUUCAGGGAUUGGAUGAAUUUGAUGCCACGAAGAAAACCCCAGCAGAUCUAUUGUGGAAAAGCGUACCUGUUCCGGAAGAUCUAUUUGAAGAAGGAGCACCGACACCUAGUGAUAUAUUUGGGAAAACCCCAUUCUGGAUAAGGUUUUCGUGACACUUAAAUGAUAUAUUUGGGAAAACCCCAUUCAGGAUAAUCUUUUAUCCUGACACCAAAUGAUCUAUUUGGGAAAACCCCCGUAUAUAUGGAUAAUUUUUUACAUAGUAUAAUGCCUCUUUUGUCUCGUGCUUCAUUCGUUCGAUUUUAAGUUUUAAUUUUCUAAUGCACUAUAAUUAUUUGGUUGGUUGGUGUUGGAUUAAUAAUCAUAGGAAUUGUUCAA